UAAAAGCCUCAUCAUUCUCUAAAGCAUAUUUUGGAUACGAACCAAAAUGCUGUUUCCGUGCUGUGAACUUGGCUUAUUACAACACUCAAAUGUACAAAGGAAUUCAACAGCUUAUGUAAAUCAGCACUUAACAUUAUGCUAACUCUGGUAAUAAAAACACACCUGGUGCAUAUGGCAUGGGGCAGCUGACUUCAGUCCUGUUCUGCUGAGAGGAAUUUGUGGUAGUAAGGCAUUAAUUUACUGACCCGUCUGUAAGUUUUGGAACAGCAAGGCCAAUUCUUUUUUUUUUCCUUGUCAUUCCUGCUAUACAUUUAGGUUUUAAAUAUAAAAAAUUGAUCAUAGAUCAUAAUUGAGAUGAUUGAUCAUAAUUUCAGCUCUCAUUUCCUGAUAUUUACAUCCAAAUGUGUUAAACAACUUAAAAUAUGGCGUCUUUGGUUGCAGACCACCUAAUUUUUAGGUGAGCAAAAAGUAUUGGGACAGAUCCACUUUUAAUAUUUGGUUGCAUAUGCCUUGCUUGCAGUAAGUACAUCAAUAAGUGCUGGCGACACACUGACAUUACCAAACUCUUGCAUUCUUCUUUUGUGAUGGUUUUCCAGGCUUGGCUACUGCAGCUUCUGCAAGAGAAAAAUAUUAAAUGACUGUAAUUGCAGCUAUUUUUGCAAAUAAGUUCUAAUUCAAACAUGAAGCGUUGUAUGAACACGCUGAGAUUGCACAAGUGGAGGGAAAAAGGUUCACUGUUAAGACCCGCUUGAGCAGUGUACUUUCAAUUUUGGCAGAUAUCCCAAGUGCACUGUGCCCAGUGUAGCAUUUCUAAAAUGCAGCUGUUACCUAAGGUUUCUCGUCUUUUUUUUACAGUAAGCGCUCAUUUUGGGGAAAGAUGGCUCGAGAAAGCUACCAAUUUGAUCAGUGAGUAUAGUGACGUAGACUCGAGAAAAAAGAGGAAUCGGCCACUUAUUGAACUUUCAGUUCUCCAACUCUCAAGCUCAACCUAGUUUGUUCACUAGAUCCCUCCCUCCCUUCCUUCCUCUGAACAUUCCUUCCUCUUGUGCUUGCUUGCUCAGCGUCUGGAUGCUUCCAUAACUCGACCCAUCCUCCUACAUCUGCACCCAAGUGUGUGAAUGUUUGUGUGCCAUUUGUCCACUGCCCAUGUGACUGCGUGCUGUGUUUGCUGGUGUGUGAGGAACUGAAAGGCUAAUGGGAUUAUACUCCAUUUUAACAGUGCAGGAUUUCUAGAAGAAACUGUGUCACUAUGAUGAGAGAGCAGGUCAUAGUAAGCAUGUAGGGAAUGCUUUACAAAAAUUAACCCCCAACCCUGCCCAUUUGAAUUUUGUGUUAAAUGAUCACUGUGAUGCAGUGGAAUGUAGGUUGUAAUGUAAUUUUUAAAGUUUUGUAGCACCUGAGUUUAAGUUAUAUGGACAUGUACACAGAAUGUGGAAGGCUCAUGGAACAAUAUAUAAUAAAAUCAGCAUGCAUAUUAUUGGCUUUAUAUUUUUGCAACAAAAAAGAAAGUCAGUUUUAAUGAUUGUCAGUUCUCUUGGCUUCAGGGAAGACAUUUACUUCACUUACUUCCCCAUAAAAUAAAAAAAAAGGGAUACCCAUCAUAGAAAGGCUUAUUCGUGCUAAAGGCAUCGCGCCGUUUUAAAUGCGUACCACACAUGUGAAACAAUACUUGAUUUCGUCCUAUAAAUUCAUAUUUUUUCAGGGUAUUCAUUGACAUUCUGACCAAUUAGUUUGUUUGGAAAGAAGAGGUGGUGACCUAAUGGUUUUUCCUCCUUUUAGGCAUGGUCAUGAAAUGCAGGCGUUUGAUUGCCAGCAUCGCUACUUUUACAACUUUGUGAUUUGAAAUUUCACUGUGCUGAAAGUUUUUAAAUUGAUCCCUGGAUUUUAAAACAUUUUGAUAUUUGUGAUCUUACCAUCUUUUUUUUUUCAAAUCUUUUAUUCUUAACUUUGAGCAGCAUAGUGCAUAUCUAUAAACUUUGCUAACUGGAGACAGCUUUCACUUCUGAUGUUGAGCCUGGCAAGACUGGAACUAAGAUGGGAAGUUGAGAGUUUCUUUAAAGAAGGUUGAUGGAAAUUCAUCUGCGUGGACACCGGAGGCGAGGUCAUCAAUAGCCUGCGAGUUCACAUGCCAGGAGGAGAAGGGCAAGUGCAAGGAAGAGGAGACCGCGAGAGAUCGAGUUUCCCUGGUUACUGGAGGGACACGUUCACUGUGAUGACUGACUGGAGCUUGAGAAUGGCCUGGGCCUGACGUGAAUGAGGACAUCUCAGAUACACCACCUCACUAUUUGGGAUUAACAGUUGAUGUGUGGAUAGAGACUGAGCUUCUAGAAUGACGAGUGCAGCCCCAGCCCGCAAGCCGUACCGCAAGGCACCUCCACAGCACCGUGAAACACGCCACAACCAGCCUAUGUUCCGAGAGGACCUUAGUGGGAGCCCCACAGCAACCUGUGACUCUCCGACUCCAGCCCAGCAUACCCCCAGUCAGGAGUCAUUAUCAGAUGCUGACAAAAUCAAGAUCUUACAACAGCAGAAUGAAGACCUGCGCCACCAUCUCACACAUACCACCCACAAAAUGGAGGCCAUGGAGGAGGAGUUUGAGAGCCGUCGACACUACAUGCAGACAGAGAUGGGCCGAACACGGGACGAUCUGGAGAAGAUGAAAGACAAGUUUCGAAGACUGCAGAACAGUUACACAGCUUCCCAGAGAGCUAACCAGGAUCUGGAAGAGAAGCUUCAUGCCUUGCUCCGGAAAGUGGAAAGAGACAAGAAGACCAUGGAUCAAGAGAUAGUGGAGCUCACCAACAAGCUUGUGGAUGCUAAGAACACUAUUGACAAGCUGGAGGAACUGAAUGAACGCUAUCGGCAGGACUGCAAUUUGGCUGUGCAGCUGUUGAAGUGCAACAAGUCUCAUUUCAGGAACCACAAGUUUGCAGACUUGCCAUAUGAACUGCAGGAGAUGGUGAAUAAGCACAUGAAGAGCAGUCUGCCUGACAAGACCCAGAGCCCUCAAGGAGCCCAUGGCCAGGACCCAGACACACUGAGCCUGACACAAGCUGAUGUGGUGCCCACCUCUGUCAUUGCCCGGGUACUUGAGAAACCCGAACCACUUGUUCUCAACUCUGCUCAGUCCAGCAGCAGUGGCCGGCCAGUGGCUGAGGAUGUGUUUGUCCAUGUGGAUAUGACUGGAUCCCAAAACGAGAGUGCUGGCCGAGAGAAUGGUGGUCCUGGACAGACUAGGCUUAGCACCUGUACUGGUUCUGAUCAGUCGCAUCUUAAUGGUAUGUUCCGUAGUCCAGAUGGCCAGUCUGCUGACAGUGGAGCAGCACCCUCCUUUGAGAAGCUGAACCCCUACCCUACACCUCCUCCUCCACAUCCACUCUACCCUGGCCGCAAAGUGAUUGAGUUCUCCUCUGAUGAUAAGGUAAAGAUCCCUAAGAACAGCCCACUGCCUAAUUGCACAUAUGCCACACGCCAGGCUAUAUCCCUCAGCCUGGUACAAAAUGAAGAGGAGGUUGGAGAACGGCAACGUACUGUCCCCAACAGCCCUGCAGUGUCUGAUGGAGGUUGGCGUUCUGGGACCUCCUCAUCUUCAGGUGGAGGGCAUGCAUCGCACCCUCAGCAGAGUGAUUUCACUGACCCUUUGUCUAGCCAGUCAAGUCCCUUCAGCAGCCCACCACAGCCUCCGAGUGCCUUUGCCAGCUCAGGUAGCUCUGAGGAAGACUUGCUCACCAACUGGCAGCGAAUGUUUGUGGAGAAGAUCGCACCAUCCUCAGAAGGCACCCUGGUUAACCGCACCUCCUUCAGCAGUGAAACAGUAAAGGAACUCCAGAGGAGUCGCAGCAGCAAGUCAGGUAGAGGAGCUUCAGACCGAGGGAUCUUGCGUGGAGCCUACUCUGAUGGAGAAGAGGGCUCCUCUACUCAAAGUUGGACGGCCAGCAGAGAGUCCAGCCUGGAUACUGAUACAAGCAGCAUUGCAGACCUGCGCACCAAAAGGGGUGAGUAUGGUGCUACCUUUUCGCAAGAGGAGAGUGAGCAAUUGCUGAUGGCUCUUGACAAUGAUGAUGGUGCUAGUGCCGACACGAUGGUCAUGGUGGAGUCCAGUCCAGCCUCUGCCAAGCAGCAGGAGUUUGCUGAAGAUGGUGGUUCUGUAGGAAGCCCAGCUGAAGAGCGAGAUAUCCUUCCACAGGACUUUCCCAUCGUCAGCCCCAGGGUCCUCGCCGGCUUGGAGGAUUACACAGAAAAACCUCCAUCUCACCACCACCAGAGUGGCUCCACCCGCCCUCAGAAGAGCCCCAAAAGGAUGGGGGUCCAUCACCUGCACAGGAAGGACAGUCUUACCAGGGCUCAAGAGCAUGGAAACCUGCUGGACUGAGAAAGUGGCUAGCCCCUUGCUCCUAAUUCACCUACAGUGCUCUUCUGCUUGUUACAUCACAAGUCUUACCAGGCCACAAAGGGAAGCAGGAAUCACAUUGGUGAUUGAUCAGUUAAUACCCAAGGCUAUUUUUUAUAGGUUAUUACUGUAACACUUGAGCCACUUCUCAGAAGCCAGAGGUUCACUUGGUUGUGACACUUAUAGUACAGAUUAAGGUGGUCAUCAUACCUUUUAAGAAGUCUGAUGUACUUCAAUCAUCCUUUAUGAAUGUUAGAGUAUGUAAGAAGUAAAUUUUUUCCAUGCUCCAACAUCUUCAGGACAUCUUAAAGCUGUGGUGUAAAUUUUGAGAAGAAUACAGGAUAUAGCCAUAUAAAGACACCUCUGUAUUUGGCCAAUGUAUUGUAAUGGGGGACAUCCAGAUGAAAUAGCACUGUAACCUGUUGCUGUAAGGUACUAGAAUACCACCGAAAUGGAAGCAAAGACCCCUUUUUUUAUUGAAGGGUUUCAAAGUGAAAGCUGUGUGUAAUCUUUAGUGGAAAUCUCUAAAGAUUAAAUAAUGGGAUGGUGCUCUAGACUGAGAUCCAGAUACUGUUGUAUGGUUUGGAUUAUGCAGUUUUCAUGGGAUCCAGUGGAUUUUAAUCUUUCAGUGCCUAACCCUUUGUAAUGACUAAUGUUUUCCCCUCACCCUUUAAAAAGUAUUAAUCCUUAUGUCUACUUUCAGUUCAUGUCAGAAUUAAGAAUUCCAUUCCACCGCACAUCUAUGGCAAACAUCUUUUCAUCGAGCUGCCAUAGAAAUUUAUGAUCCAAAUUUUCGAGGGUUGUUGUUUUUUUUUUUGUUUUUUUUUAACUAAUAUUUUAUUUAGAUCUCAACAAAUAUUCUGAUUUAAUAUAAAUUAUAUCCAUUAGAUUAUCCAUGAUGUUUUAGUUCUUGGCAUGUGGUUAUGGUCCAUAAAAGGAUUUCUUGUUAACUCCCACUUCACAAUGAGAAUUUGUGGAAUUAGAAUUGGAUGUCUUGUAUAACUCCUGCAUAUUUUUUUAGAUGACGUGGACAAAAACCCCAUAGCUAAAAUGAAUGCCACUAUGAUUAUUUAGCUGGGUUUAGCAUUAAUCUUAUUUUGUUUGGGGUUUUUUUGUUGUUGUUGUUUUAAAAAAUAUAUAUAUUUAAACAGAAAAUGUAGACCUAAAUCUGAGCUUUGGUUAUCUAUCUUUCCCCUCUGAAGAAUGUGUGGUUUUAUUCAGCUUUCAUCUUAUUUCAUUAGUCUCUCCAGGUGUUGCUACAGGCAAGAAAAACAUCACAAACUGGCUUUCAGUCCAGUGAGAACAAGAUUAUUAUUUAUUGGUGUCCAGUCACAUAGGAAGUAAUGUGUUUUCAUAGCUGUCAGAAUAUUUUCACUGUUUACACACCAUUACAGUUUUCAGGAUAUUUUUGUCAUCAAAGGCAGGCCCAAAGAAAUCUACAUUUGAAUGUCCAAGAAGCCCAGGUUUCAUUUUAGUCAACUAACACCAAGUGAUGAAAUAACACCUUGUCACUUGAUGUGGGAUAAGGGCUCUGAAAAGAUGCAUGUAAUUGGUGCUACAUCUUAUUUUCUGCAUAUGCUUAACAUGAUAUUCGCUUUGAAGCUUUACAUUACAUUUACAUUUACAAAUUUAACAUUGACAACUUGUGUGUCCCAAAAUAAUAUUCGAGUAUUAGUAUUAAUUUGAUAAAAGUAAUUCCGCAUUUAAAUAUUUGAGUAUGCCGGAAUGUAAAAAUCCGCACAAGAGCCAUCUCUCUUUUUUUUUUUUCUUUUUUCUUUUUUUUGCAUAAUAAAAACUGCUAUCGACUCAUCAAUCUAGAAUGAUUUGACGUUUGUGUAUUAACUGACACUCUCUGGUAGUUCAUGAAAGUGAAAUAAAAUAUAUGAAUGUGUUUGAGUUAGCUAUCUUUAAAUUAGCAUUUAAUUAACGUUAGUUAACUGAUGUUUUUUCUCAGUUCUCAAGAAGCUGUAAAUUUAAAAGGUUAAAUUUGUUUGUUUUGGAGUGAGAACUUUUCUGUGGCUGAGACCUUUUCUGUUGAAAUUAUAGUGCACUACAUAGGUUAUACAAUGUCAUCAUUUUAUGCCCUAUGUAGUUCUCAUAUACAGUCUGAUAAAUAAAUAUUUGGACAAUGACAAAGUUUUUUAUUUUAUUUUAACUGUCAACCACAGUAUAUAGUUGUUGAAAUGAAAUACUGAAUAUGAGGUCAAAGUGCAGACUUUCAUAUUUAAUUUGGGUGUAUUUACAUCCAAAUCGGGUGAAUGGUGUAGAAAUUUUAAUAUGUGGAUGCCCCCCUUUUUAAAGGACCAAAAGUAACUGUAACUUGGACUGUAUUGGAGUAGUAAUUGGCUGCUCAUCUGUUCCAUGGCCUGGUGUGUUAUUCCCACAUUAUUUCACUUACAAGUAAGCAGAUAAAAGGUCUAGAGUUGAUUUCAAAUGUGGUAUUUGCAUUUGGAUUCAGUUGCUGUUAACUCUUAGUAUGAAGUCCAAAGAGCUGUCACUGCCAGUGAAGCAAACCAUCCAUAGGCUGAAUAAUCAAAACAAACCCAAAUCAACUAUGUGGUACAUUCUUAAAAAAGGAAUGCACUGGUGAGUUUAGGAACACCAAAAAGCCUGGAAGACCACAGAAAACAAGUGUGGUAGAUGACAGAAAAAUUCUUUCACACAAGUUGGUCAGAUCAAGAACACCCUCCAGGAGGUAGGCAUAUUUUUGUGAAAGUCAGCAAUCAAGACUUCACCAGAGUAAAUACAGAGGGUUUACUGCAAGCUGUAAACCAUUGGUAAGCCUCAAAAACUGGAAGACCAGUAUACAAUUUGGAAAAACAAACAUAUAGUUCUGGAACAAUAUCCUAUGGACAAUAUCCUAUUCAGACAAAGAUCAACUUGUACCAGAAUGGUGGGAAGCGAAGUGUAUGGAGAGGGGAAGGAACUGCUUAUAAUCCAAAGCAUACCACCUCAUCUUAUGACCGACAGAAGCAGCAGAAUGAAUUCUGGUGUGUAUACAUAGCACUAUAUUAUCUGCUCAGAUUCAGCCAAAUCGUUCAAAACUCUUUGGAUGUUGCUUCAAACUACAAAUGGAUAAUGAACCAAAGCAUACGCCGAAAGCAACCCAGUAUUUUAUUUAUUUUUUAUUUUUUUAAAGAAGAAGUGUUUGUCACCCAUACAUUACAGUACAGUGAAAUUCUUUUCUUCGCAUAACCCAGCUUGUUAGGAACCUGGGCUGAGAGUGGGAACAUAUAAAAUGCGCUGAAAGUCACUUUAGCUCAUAUUCGUUAUGUGAUUUCAACUGCAAUAGACUGUGAUAGACAAGGCAAAUAACAAUAACUCUGUCAAUGCCCAAAUAUUUGUCAACUUGACUGUAUUCCAUCAAUUUACCAUUUGGUAAUAUUUAGUAAGCCUCAACUGUGAGGUUUAAAUAAAAUUUUUAUUUUAUUUUUUAUUUUUAUUUUAAAGUAUUCCUUUGUGAUACGAACAGCUUGUCACUAAUCAAAUACUACACAUUUUUUCUAAUGAAUAUUUGAAGGCAGUUUUAAGUUUUUAUUGACAUCCAGAAACAGUACUACGCAUGCAGCAUCUUCCAAAAAUUGGAACUGGAGGUGGGGUGUGGGUGAGAUGGAAAAUACCGAACAAUAAACAUAUAAAUGCCCGUUUCUGACCUGCCAACCUUUACACAUUUUAUGUAGGAGGAAAAUCUGUCAAAAACAGCACUUUCCUUUUUUCCCUGAAUAAAAAUGGCAGAUGGACCAAUUAACAUAUGAAUCUGGAAUGACUGACAGCUGCACAGGUGUUUUGAGUUAUUGAGCUUGAAAGAUCCACUGACACUCUUGCUUUCUGCAACAGUAAAUAAUUCAUUACCAUGUUUGUUUGUUUUUUUUUAGUUCAGUAAUGUUAACAUCAGUUAAGUGUAUACAUCAAAAACUGGGAAGUGGGGCUUAUGGGAAAAAAGUUUGAAUACAUCUGCUUUAGGUAAUUGGGCUGAAAGACAUAAUGACACUUAGUUGUAUUUAAAUACAAGUGCUUCAUGAGACAGCUGCUUUAAUACUUUAUUUCACAAAGGAUUAGCGCUCGAGAUUUGGGUGAUUUUGGUAUUAGGCAGGAUUAAUGUAAGCAACUACUAGCUUGCUGUAGCAAAUCAAUUUAUUAUUUAAUAAUUAUUAUUAUUUAUGUUGUGUCCACCAAAAAGAUAAAGAUGAUUUUCCUUUAUUCAGUCCAUACAGGAUUUUGCUGAAUUUUUUUAUAAAUGAUUUUUUUUUUAAAUGCUUGAUUUUGCUGCGGCUUUUUUCUAAAUUUGUGAUGCAACUUGCAGAGUUUUUUGUGCUUUUUUUUUUUUUUUUUUUCAGAAAACUACCUGAAUUGGCAAAAUUUGAAAUUGCACUAUUCAAAUAGUUUGGCACGGUCCUUGAGUGAUGCUUGUUGGUAAAUGAGGGCUUUUAGCUGUGCUCAUUUUCGACCUGCGUGAAUCAAAGAGGGCUUUGGCUGAAUGCGCGUUGUGAUGAAGUCACAUGACGCGUCUUGGCCCAAUAUUGCGGCAACUUUGAAUAUUGUGAAGUUUGUUUGGUUUUUCUGUUAAUUUUACAGUCACAAACUGUUUAUUUGCGGCAGUGUCUUAAAUGUGUUACUUUUUAAAUGUACAGGUUAAUCAGAUGAUCCAGAUUUUCUGAACUGGUGACUAGUCAACUCUGAAGUGUUGUGUUUUUAUGCAUAUUUUCAAAUGUAGAUCCUGGGUUUCUACACAUUUUUCUUCUAUACAUCAUUCAGUGAUGAGCGCUCAUUCACUCAUUGUCAACCUGAACACACUGUUAAUGCAGUAUCAUAUGUGUUAUACAGUAUAUUACACAAACAUGAUUCAUAACCAUGUCAUUAUAAGACAUAUCAAUCAGUUUUGUUAAAAUGCAUAUUUUAUUCUAAUGGAAAUGCCUUCCAGUAGUGCACUUCCUGAAUGUGUUCCCCCUUAUGACUGGCCUGCACACAGAAUAUGUCCACAUUCUCAUUUUCCUCAUCCUCUGCUUUACACUUUGUUCCUAGUGUGGCCUAUCAAUCUUUUUUUUUCCCUACAUACAUAACUCUAAGAGCCCAUAAUGAGUAGAACUAUAACUAGCCCCAUGUGCUGAAUAUUUUAUGCCUUUUCAUGUUUGAAAAUAGCUUAGUGGCCCUUAAAGCAGAGGACGAGACAAAGAAUAAUCUGCCAGAGUCUUGCACAUGAAAAUGGACGUUCUUAAAUAUUUUAGGACCUCAUCAGUAAAUUAGACAAGAGAGCAUGCAAAUACUAAAAAAAAAGAGAAGGAGAGCGAGGAUAUCGUGCAAGAUGAAUGAAAGAAUGAAGAUGAAUCUCUAAUGCACUGGGUGUAUAAAUAGACUUCGACAUCUGACGUGUAACGACUUCCUCUCAUUACUAUAAUUGAGUUCAUAAUUGAGUGACCCUUCCUUUCUUUGAUCCAAAGUGACCUCCUUGAAGGUGAUCCACAAGGCAAGAAAAAUGUCAAAGUUGAGCGAAAAAAAAAAAUUAAAUGUCGGAGCAGAAUUUGUUUUAAUCAGGUUUGGAGGCACAUAUUAAACAUUAAAGGGAGGGUAACUGUGGACUUAAUCUUCAGCGCAUGAUAGUCUGUUUUUCCCUUUAAUAAUUAUUUAGAUUGUUAUUCCAUUUACAUAUUUAUUUUUAGAAGUUAGAUCAACUCACUUUAGCCUGUCGGCAUAGGAACGUUUAGAUAGUAGGGACGUGCCUUCAGUCUCAUUUUAAGACUUGAAUAUCUGUAAGAGCUGAUUGAGGGAUGGAUAUUCAGCUAACUGUUAGGAGAGGGGAAAUAUUUUGUGUUUUUGUUUGACAGACAUAAUAUUAAGAUGGAAGGGACAGAAACGUUAAAUGCACAGCAGAAGUUUUACUGAGUAUUCCUUGAGCCCAACUGCAGCAGCAUGUCAUUCUGUCAUUGUUAAAUUUCACGCUUUGUCAAAGUCAUACCUACCAAAUUUCAUUGGCUUAAUGAAGUUUGUGAUCACAGUGGUAAUGCAUGUUUUAUAUAAAUCUGUCAGUACAGAUAUUUGCAUGUUAUAGCCUAUUUACUAAACCAGGGAAUGAAUUGUAUGUGAUGCUCCAUAUGAGAGCAGUGACCGGUAUAAACUGUAAUGCGUUGCGGAGUUGUUGAGACGUGCUGCUCGCAGUGUCACUUCUGGUGUAAAAUAGGCUUAAUCUGCAAACCUGAUGUACCCGGUAAGUGUCCGCUGAAAUUAAAUGAGUAUACCAAAUGUUAUUGGAAAUAUAUCAUCUCUUAUCCCACAAGCUUCAUAUCUAACCACACGCAUGAGAAUUAAAAAAUUAAUAAUAAUUGGUCCAUUCACAAGACUUCAGUCCUGACGCAUACUUCAAAACUCUCUGCAUCAAAAUAUUGCCGGAGACAGAGUUUCUUUUUCAUAUUUCUCACUGACUUAGCGUGGACUACGGGCAUCACGAAUAGCCGAAUAGUUAUUUCAGUAUUCGAAUACUUCUGCCCCAAAAUGGCUAAAAAGGUAUUCGAGUAACUAUUCAAAUAAUUGAACCUGACAUUGCAAGUUUGCUUCAUUUGACUGGAUAAUUGACAGUAUUUUACUUGUGUUUCCCAACAAACGGAAAACAAAGGGUCACUCGUCUUUAAUUGUUCCAAAUGUGGCCUGUUUUUCUAUUAGUUCUAGCAUGAAGCUGUGCUGUGUAAACAUUCACAUGUAUUUGAGAUACCAAAGGGUGUCCCUGCACUCAAAUACACCGUUAAUCAAAAUACUGAAUAAUCUAGUUCAUGUUAAUGACUCAGGCACAUUUCAAACACAUCUGUUUAGCUCUAUGGUUUUGUUACUGUAAAAUCCCUGUCCACAUGCUUGCUUGCUUAUGAGCACAUACUCGCUCGGUGUGCACAAAUCGUCCUUCUUCUUUCCUUGGUUUCACUGGAGAGAGAUAGUGUUUCUGUUAUUCUAGUUCUUUCAAAUGUUGUUUGUUUGUUUCCCAAUUACACUUAUGUGCAAUGUCUCCUUUAUUUAAAUCUCACUGUGUAAAGCUUUCACAGUCAGGUAGCGACACCUUGUAUGAUUAUUUUCUUCUUCCUGUAAAAAAAUGACCUUACGAAGGAGGAAUCUAUAUAUAUAUAUAUAUAUAUAUAUAUA